UUAGGUGCUUUCUUUGGAGGAAUUUGUUUGGCUUAUUUGUUCUUCUUCUUUGGGACUGGAGCUUAGACUGUCUGUCCUUUGAUACCGAUUUUAAGUUAUUGGAAAAAGUCCUGUAUCUGUUGGAAUAAUCAACAACCUGUAAUGGGAAAUUACAUAAGGUCGCAACUAUUCUGUGUUAGCAUAUCGUACUGCAAGCAUUAGAUUGGUGUCUUUUGGUUGCGGUUGGGGCUGGAACUUUGCUCUGUUAGCAGUCGUGAUGGGAAUGAUUCUUGGAAAGUGAAUAUUAGAUGCUCACUAGCCUGCUGUGCCUGGGCUAUUGUUAGAUGUACAUUUGUUUGAUAGCAAGCUUUACAGAAAAUGGGCUUUUGACUGUUUGUUUUUCUUGGAAAAAUAUGUUUGAUCAAAUAACAAAUAUCUAGCUGAAUAUCUUAUGAUGGGAAACAUCUUUCUCACGAGAUUCAGUCUUUGGGAACGACCACAUAAUUGUAUAACAUCUUGAGCAUUGAGGGUUCUUUUUCUAUUUUGAAGCUUCACUGCACUGUAUCUUGCAUAUCGUCUGAAAUUAUAGUUAACAUGGAAGCUGAAAGAGGGGAUAAUAACCACCAACAAGGGGUCCUUCAUCGGAUGCUUCCAGCUGUUUUACCUGUUCUUCUAAUAUCAGUCGGAUAUGUUGACCCUGGAAAGUGGGUUGCAACUGUUGAAGGAGGUGCACAGUUUGGUUUUGAUCUGGUAGCCCCCUUGCUUCUUUUUAGUUGUGCGGCCAUUUUGUGUCAAUACCUGUCAGCUCGAAUUGCUGUAGUGACUGGACGAGAUCUUGCUCAGAUUUGCUGUGACGAGUACGACAGGUCCACUUGUAUAUUCUUAGGAGUUCAAGCAGAGCUUUCUGUGGUUGUGUUGGACCUUACCAUGGUAUUGGGUGUUGCACAUGGGAUUAAUCUUCUCUUUGGAAUGGAUCUUUCAACUGGUGUUUUUCUAGCUGCUCUUGAUGCUGUUUUAUUCCCAAUUUUUGCCACCUUCUUGGACCACUGCAGGGCAAGUUUCCUAUGCAUCUAUGCAGCAGGUUUCAUAUUGCUUUCUUAUGUUUUUGGAGUGCUCGUCAAUCAACCUGAAAUUUCUAUUUCCUUGACUGGGAUGCCAACAAAGUUGAGUGGGGAGAGUGCAUUUGCCCUGAUGAGUAUUCUUGGAGCUAGCAUCAUGCCUCACAACUUUUAUCUACAUUCUUCUAUUGUUCUGCAUAUGGGACUACCAAAUAUUUCUAAGAGUGCCUUAUGUCACAACCAUCUUUUUUCCAUCCUAUGCGUCUUUGGUGGAAUUUGUCUAGUAAAUUUUGUGCUGAUGAAUUCAGCUGCAAAUGUAUUCUACAGUGCAGACCUUGUCUUGGUUACUUUUCAUGAUGCAAUGUCACUAAUGGAACAGGUAUUUAGAAAUGGUAUACUGCCCCUAGUCUUUUUGUUGGUUAUGUUCUUAUCUAAUCAGCUCACUGCAUCAACCUGGAAUCUUGGUGGGCAAGUUGUCUUGCACGAUUUCCUUGGGCUUGACAUACCUGGCUGGCUUCAUCGUGCAAUAAUCAGAAUUGUAGCAAUGGUUCCAGCUCUUUAUUGUGUGUGGACUUCUGGACCUGAGGGCGUAUACCAGAUGUUUAUCUUUGCGCAGGUUAUGGUAGCCCUUUUAUUGCCGUCUUCAGUAAUCCCCUUGUUUCAUGUUGCCUCAUCAAGACCAAUUAUGGGUGUCUAUAAGGUUUCUCCAAUUGUGGAGUUCCUAUCACUGGUAACAUUCAUGGGAAUGCUGGGUUUGAAGAUGAUUUUUAUCGUAGAAAUGAUAUUCGGGAGUAGUGAUUGGGCUAGUAAUUUGAGAUUGAAUGCUGGGAUUAGCAUGUCUGUUUCUUUUGUUGUUCUUCUGGCUACUGCUUGUGCGUCAUUUUUUUUGAUGCUUUGGUUAGCAUCUACUUCUUUAAAAUCUGCCAGUUCCAAAAAUAAAGCUCAUGCAUUGAAAUGGGAUUUGAACAAAACUGUUUCUGAGAUGUCUAUAGGGAGAGAGGAAAAUGAGUUAAGUAAAACUAGAUAUCGUGGAGAGGAACUUGCUCAUAUGCUGGAAAGAUCAGCAGCACCAGAAAAGUCCAUUGAAACUUGUUCAGAUUUAUCUUUUCCACAUUGUAUUAUGGAUUUGCCUGAAACAAUUAUGGAGUCUGAACAGGAGAUACAUUUGACCACUGUUAACGAGAACUCUUCUAAUGGUGUGUUUACUACUAACCCCUCGAGCUGUAACUAUGAGGAACCACCAUCCUUGACUGAGUCUGCUUCCAUUCUAGUCGAUGAGGUGGAAGAUGAGAUACCAGGUAUGAAAACUUCGAUGAUUGAAUCAGUGAAGCCUAUUGAGAAAACAGUGAGUAUAGAGGGAGAUCUGCAGAUUGAAAAAGAUGAUGGAGAUUCUUGGGAGCCUGAAGAGCCAUCCAAACCUCCUUCUGGAAGUAUUACCUCUUUGACACCAGAUGGCCCUCCUUCAUUCAGAAGCCUCAGUGGGAAAAGUGAUGAUGGUGGAAAUGGAAGGGGAAGUCUAUCCAGAUUAGCUGGACUAGGUUGUGCUGCAAGGCGUCAAUUAGCUGCCGUUCUUGAUGAAUUUUGGGGCCAAUUUUACGAUUAUUAUGGGCGACCUACCCAAGAAGCCAAGGUGAAGAAAUUAGAUGUGUUAUUAGGUGUUGACUCAAAACCAUUAAAAGUGGAUACUGCUGGGGAUCUCCCUUCGGUAGGAUGCAGAGGAUCUGAUACACUUAAUAGUUCAAGUCUGUACGACACUCCAAAGCAGCUGAAAAUGCAAAACGGUGUUGAUUUAUCAUAUGGGUAUUUGAGAGGAUCAUCGUUAUGGUCAAACCACACACAAAUGUUAGAUGCUUAUGUUCAAAAUUGUAGCCAUAAUGUUGAUUAUGGUGAAAGGAGGUACUCUAGUUUGCGUGCUGCACCAUCUGCUGAUGCAUGGGAUUAUCAACCAGCUACCGUGCAUGGAUAUCAGAUUGCAUCUUAUCUUAAUCGAAUUGGUAAGGACAGAAGCUCCAUUUGUUUGAAUGAUCAGAUCGAAUUACCAGCAUCAGAACCUCCUGCCAUAGUCCCUACAGAUUAUAGGGGCUCUGUAGCUUUUGCAUCAAGGCAAAAAUCACUGAAUGGGGUAGCUCCUGCACAGCCCCCUGGAUUUGAGAAUGUCGUGGUUUCUAGAAGUGGUGCAUUACAAUCCGAAAGGUCUUAUAAUGACAUGAGCUUCUCCGGACUAAAUGAUAAUUCUGGUAUAUCAGUCAAUACAAAGAAGUAUCACAGCUUACCAGACAUAUCUGGGUUUUCUGUUCCACAUCGGGUGUCUGUGAAGAGUGGUCAGUGGGACAGUUCCAUUGGAUAUGGGUCACCUAUUGGUCAGACAAACUAUGGAACACCCAUGUAUUCAACUGCUGGAUCUAGGGCAGGAGUUCCAUUUUCCUUUGAUGAGCCUUCUCAUUUAAAGGGUUACAAAGGCUCUUUGCCUUUACCGUUGAGCGCAGGUACAGGCACUGGAUCCCUUUGGUCUAGACAGCCUUUUGAGCAGUUUGGUGUAGCUGAAAAAAGCAGCACUGCUGGGAAUGAAGCACUUGGAAGUGGGUUGAACUCUGUAACUCGGGAUACUGCUUUUGGUGUGGAUUUAGAGUCCAAGCUUCUUCAAUCUUUCCGCCACUGUAUAGUAAGGCUCUUGAAAUUAGAUGGGUCUGAUUGGUUAUUUAGACAAAAUGAUGGAGCUGAUGAGGACUUAAUUGAUAGUGUAGCAGCAAGGGAGAGGUUUCUUUAUGAUGCAGAAGCUAGAGAGACGAACCAGGUUGUUAACACACAUGAUUCUCAAUACUUAUCAAUUUCAUCAGUACCUCAUUGUGGGGAGGGCUGUAUAUGGAAAGCGGAUUUGAUAAUAAGCUUUGGAGUGUGGUGCAUUCACCGUAUCCUUGAUCUUUCACUGAUGGAAAGCCGACCAGAGCUGUGGGGAAAAUAUACCUAUGUGCUUAAUCGGCUCCAGGGUGUGAUAGAUCUUGCAUUUUCAAAGCCUCGAACCCCAAUGACGCCUUGCUUCUGCGUACAAAUCCCCCAGGAAUAUCAGCAGAGGUUAAAUCCGGCUGUUUCAAAUGGAAUGUUGCCUCCGGCUGCAAAACCAGGAAAGGCCAAGUGUACAAAUGCUGUGACGCUGUUGGAUAUAAUUAAGGAUGUCGAGAUAGCUAUAUCAUGCCGGAAGGGUCGAACGGGAACUGCUGCCGGUGAUGUAGCUUUCCCAAAGGGAAAAAAGAACUUGGCAUCUGUGCUUAAACGCUACAAGCGUCGAUUGUCCAACAAACCGUCCGGCAAUGUUCCAACAUCAGCUCCGAUGCUGGCUUCUUACAGUUGAUCAAGUUUCUCUCCUCACAGGAAUGUGAAAGCCAACUCCAACUUGUCUUGUGUAUUAAAAGCCAUUGCUGCACUAUAUGUGAUUAUAUACGCAGGGUAAAAAAGUUUAUGGGAUAUGUUGUAAUUUCAGCAGAAAGAAUUAAAAAAAAAGAAAGCUGGGAAUUGAUGUCAUUUUUAGUUACUAA